AUGAAGUUUGGCAAGAACCUAGCGUGCCUAUCGAUUCCAGAAUGGAAGGUGUACAACAUCGACUACAAUGACUUAAAGAAGACCAUUCGCCGCAUCACAGAACUGGACCAACCGCAACCGUCGCUACGGCUCCUCCAUCAGAAGUUUGUGGAGAACUUUGACUAUGUGAAUUUGUUUCUAGUGACCAAGACGGGUGAGCUUCACAGAAAGCUCAAUAUGUACAAGACAGACUUUGAGUUGGUGCUCCAGUCGUCAGACGACGAUCCAGCGUCGAAGUACCAUAAGCUAGUGCCCUUCCACUACCAUGUGAUCAACGACAUCUUUGCCACGGUGAAGAAACUCACAAAGUAUAUUAUGCUUCAGAAAAUAGCUCUAAAGAAGAUUUUCAAGAAACUCGCCAAACACUACCCGGACUCGGCCAAGUCGAGGCACUUCAUCGCCGUGCUUUCCCACUAUCUUCACUCCAACCCCCAGUCGUUUAUUAACUUUGACCUUUCGCCACUCACGUCUCAAAUCACUACUCUUUUGGAGGAGAUUGAGCGGGAAACAAAGAAUUUGCAUCUUUCCUUGCACCGCAAGUUUCUUUACGCCUCACCCCGCGGCGGGAAAACAGCUUCCCAUGGCACCACCGACUCGCACGCUUCUCAGGUCUCUGACGAGUCCUCUGUGUACGAAAACGUCCAGGUCGACUAUAACGUUGAUCAGCUAGCGAAGUUUGAUCUCGUUAGUUUGCUCAAGAAGAACUUUGCAUUGCACUCAUUGCUACCGAAGGAUAAGACGUCCAAAAGCGACUUGGCCCUCAGCAUAGAUGUGUUUUUGAACUUGCAAAAAUUCAAGGGCUCCAGUAAAGUCUCUGUCAUCUACUUGACUAAGAGCUCUGACGAUGCUGACCCAUCCUACAUCAUUUCGCAUGAACACCAACCUUCUUCGAUCCUUAUUGCUCACACCGGUGGCUUGAGAAAGUAUUCCUAUUGCUGUCUUCCAAAUCAUGUUGUUGAUGGCCUUCUACAGUAUAUGCUUGCUGACAACGAACAGGCUCAAAUCAAGGCUGAAAAUCUCUUGACUGAGUAUCUUGUCUCUCACGAAGUGACCUCGAUGACAAAACUAACCAUCAAUGCCGUUGUAUGUGACAACCUUAGUCCUUCUUUGAAGAUGGUGAGUGAUCGGACGAGGUACUUCUUGCAUAAGAAUGCUAGCCAGCAGCAUGACAUGUCGCAACAUGAGUUCGAGUCAGUGACCUCCCUGUUGACUAACGAAAGCAACGCAGCGCCGGACGUUACAAACGCACCUUCAACUGUCGAUACUAGAGACUACGAAGAUAGCUUCUACAUGCUCCAUGAUGAAAACAUAUUCACAAGUCGAGAAGUAGCUCCACGCAUCCUGCUUGAUGUUACCGACAUGGAUCCGUUUCCUUUCGACAAGUUAAGCAUUCAUAGCAACGGGACAAAUUUGUACGAUUUUAUCGAGUCACUCUCCACAAACAUCACAGGGAACCAGCUUUCUGUCAAGUACAGGCCAAUCAGCCUCAAAAAAUUACCAGUGAAGAUACAAAACUUUCUUCGAAACUCCCUUGUACACCCCUUCAAAAAUUUUCGCAUGUAUGACUAUAUGAGAUCGUGUUACUACAAUCACAUCCCAUUGGAGCCAAACAAUCACUAUCUGAGAAUCCUCAACAUAAAUUUGUUUAAGAAUUACGAGGACAUUGAGUACGUCAACAAUCAAAACAACUAUGAUGAGAGCCUCAUCCAAGAUAAGUCUAGAGUCAUUCUCAGCAGACAAAAGUCUUAUACUUCCUUGCAGCAUAUGUAUGGGCCUGAUCCCACCAGCGUUCUGCCCAAGACUAAGGACGUAGAUGAUGGAAACAUGCACAGUGUACAGCCGUCUCACUCAUUCGAUGCUGAAUACGUGCAGAGAAUGCAAGACUUAUCCGCCCUUGAUAACAUUGGCGACGACGACGACGAGAACUACUACUGGUAUCUUCAGAACAGUGGCGAUGUUGAUGACUCUUUUCUCAAUAAUGUAAUUUUAUCCGUUAUCCGCUCAAGGUUGCGACUUCUUAAGUCGUUUCGUGUUCUUAGAAGGUUUUCGUACUCGUCAAAGGAAAAGAGUCUCUUGGAUAAUGAACACGGCAAUGUCUCAAGAUACGAUUCUCUUGAUGAAGAAGCGCUGUUUUUCAACGAGGAAAACGACUACCAGGCAAGAUUUGUGUACGACUACGACACCACCUUAUCAUUCAUUUACUUCACCUUGUGCUUUACAUCUUUAUUCAUUUCUGGCAUUAAUUUUGGCAUUAUAUUCGGCAUCCUCAGACUCCAGCAAGAGGACUUACAGUUAAGCGACGCCAACAAUGCAUUUGUGUUUAUUAUGCUAGUAUUUGGGUUCCUUUUUGCCCUUAUAUUCAGCAUGAUUAGUAUUAAUCUUAAUCUUCAAAGAAUCCGGCAUUCACCAGCGACCCAUUCGGGAAUUAUCUGGGCAGGGUUUUUGGUUGUCACUGCAUCGAUCAUGUGGACCAUUGUGAUGAUGUUCACCUAG